AACGUGAUCACAACGUACCACUGGUGACAAAGGCUGUGACUUCAAGACCUGCUGAUACACAAUGAACACCUUAUAUCAGUAGUCAUCAACCCUGCUACUGCCGUGCACGUUUUAGGUUUGUUUUGCUGUUUGUUUAGUAAGGUGGAACAGUCAUUCUGGAUUCAAGGAUUCUGUUGAACUGCAGAGGGCAGAAAUUCGCCCAUGAUGAGUCUAUGCAGCCAGAAAUCAAGCUGAAGAAGAAGGACGCUUACAGGAUAUGUUGAGUUCAGCCUGGAUACCUGUCUGUGCUUGUUGUGUUCAGUAAAUCAUUCACAACAUAUCGCUGGUCCAGAAAGUGGAUGCUGCCUUCACUUCCUCCUGGUUUCCAUCCUCCCAUGUCAACUGAGCCUCAACUCCUUCCCAUCAUGUCCCUGUAUCCCUCAACGCUCCAGCUGAGUCCGUCGGCGUGUCUUCACCUCCUCUGCCUGCUGCUGCUCCUCACUGACUCCUCCUCCACAGGACCUAAAAUGGACCCAGUUCUAGUCGAUCCCCUAACCCAGCUCAACACAACACAAGCGAACUGCUCCACUGCGUGUGCUAAUGGUGGUGUCAGUGAAAAUGCAGCUUUUAAGGAUUCCUCAGAGACCAGUUCCACCAAAAUGGCAAUGUUACCACCACAGAAGAAUUCAAACUCAAUCUCAGUCAGCCACAAAUUAAAUGAUGCUGACGCAUCCUUAAUCCUACCCAACCAAUCUGCAGGAGGAAAGCAUUCAUCCACAGCUUCACCAUCCAAUCAACAGCCAGUAUCACCAGACCAUCAGCUUCCAUCACCAGAGACAGUCACUCAGCUUGCAGCCAAUCUUCCUUCUACCACCACAGGCUCGCACACACAGGUUGCUCAUACUGGAUCCAUUACCAGCACUGGUACUAUUACAUUCACAACUGCAGAGCCUGUUAGGAAUGUACAUACAAUCCCUGUACUGGUGACUUCUACAACCACAACAACACCUACAAAAACACCGUCUACAACAACACCAUCUACAACAACAACUGCAACAACACAGACGUCUACAACAACAACCACAAUAACACCUACAAAAACACCAUCUACAACAACAACUGCAACAACACAGACGUCUACAACAACAACUGCAACAACACAGACGUCUACAACAACAACCACAACAACACAGACGUCUACAACAACCAAAACAAUACCAAUAUCUACAACAACUGUAAAAACAACCACGCUUACAAGAGGUAACCCAACCGUUACUAUCACUACUACCACAGAUAUAAUGAUGUCACCUCCGCCAUCAUCAUCAGCUGCCACGCCACAGCCAAAUGUCCGAAGUACUGGGAUGCCACUAAUUCAGACCACCUCUUUAUCAACAGGGCCUGCAACCAUAACUGUUACCAGUACCAUUAGUCCCACCAAUAACAAUGAGCCGGUUGCCUCUGGAACGAGGGUUGCCAUGGUAGAAGUAGCGGGGGCUGCUCUGACCAGGCAGCUGGUGGAUACAGCGUCUUUACUGGCCGUCCUGCUCUUCGGCCUUCUCUUCUUCUUGGUCACGGUGGCUGUGUUCGUCACACAGGCCUACGAGAGCUACAGGAGGAAGGACUACACCCAGGUAGACUACCUGAUCAACGGCAUGUACACAGACUCUGGGGUGUGAGGGGGGGGGAAUAGGCUAAGCACAACUCGUGGAGAUUGUUUUUGCGCUUCGUGUCAGAGACUGUAGAAUGGAAGAUCGACUGGAUUGUAUCACGGUGGUGCUGUGAAUUCACAGGUUGAUCCAGUGACACUUCAGGGAGAAGUAGGAAUGGACUAAACUGACCAACAGCUCACUGAACUGACUCUAAAGCACUGAUCCUUUUCCAUCAUCACUGUUCCAAUUUAAUGCUUUGAUCUUACCUGCUUCUCUUUCUUUGAUGGUUUGAAUGUGAAGAGUUUGGCUUGUCCCAUUUUUGCCAAAUAUUGAGCAACAUAAAUAGAGGUUACCUGUGAUGUAACUCCAGUUCUAUGAGUACAUGCAUAGCCAUCUAACGGGCUUUGUUAUUGGCUCACGAUAGAAUCUCCUCCACAUUGCUGGUCAUUCCAGCUGUAGUUAGUUCCAGGAUGGCUGGACCAAUCAGGAUGCUUCCAAGGUGAUAGAAAUCUCAACAGAUGCCCUCGGCAAUUGAGGUUUAAUUUCCUUUUUUUGUUGUUGUUGUCUUUUGUUUUAGUUGUUUUUUUUAAUAAUCUCUGGCUGAAAAAUUAAAAAAUCUGUCAAAUUGUU